AUGGCUGUAAAACUAUUCAACUCGGAUAGUAUCGACGACUUUGCAAAUGAGAGGGACGUCUUGUCGCGGAUUCGAAACAGCCGCAGCGGACACAUCAACGUUCUCGUCAACUACGGAAGUUUAGUUUAUGGUGAACACCACAUGCUCCUCCUACCGUGGACGGAGCUCGGGACGCUCGAGGAGUUUAUGGAGAAAGAAGAACAUCGAGAUAUCCCUACAAAGCGACGAAACAUUAUAUACUGCAUGGUUGAUAUAGCCGAUGCUUUGGCUUGGCUAACCAAGUUAAAGAUAUCUCUACCUCAAAAGUUUAAGGAAGUGCAGGUGAUGCAUUGUGACAUCAAACCGGAGAACAUAUUGAUAUUUCCAGAUUCGAGUCGCGAAAAUGGACUUGUUUUCAAGGUGUCCGACUUUGGUCAUGCUUUUAUGAGCUCAUCGAUUGAGACGCAAAGCCACCGUUAUGAAUCGACCUAUUGCGCACCUGAGAUUAGAUUAGGAAAGGGAAUCGUCCAGAAAAACAGUGACGUGUGGCCUUACGGCUGUAUCUUGCUAUUGGUCCUUAUUUUUACAACUCGUGGCCCCCAAGAAGUCAUCGAUCUUCGGAGGAGAUUACGGCAAAGCACCAUUGAUACUUUCUAUGAGCCUCCCGGUCGUCAAUUGAAACAAGCUGUAUCCGAAUGGAUUAAUAUUUUGAAAGAUGGCUCACUUCAAAAUGCCAAUAUAAACGAGACGGAAAUGACCAAAGAAUUGGGAAAAAUAUUGCAUGAGGACAUCCUUGUGCCGGACUAUAAUCAUCGUAAGACGAUGGAAGAGAUUUGCGGGAAAUUGAAGGAAGCAUAUAACAAGUUACAUACGGCCGUCCAAACAAGCUCGCUGAAUGAGCACAAAGAGACUCUUAAAAAGUGUGACUCGUGCACCAUUCCAGCAAAUGCUGAGUAUGUUUGUUUGCAUGAUGAGGACAUGAACAAAUAUGGUAUAUUCUUCACAGACACUCUACACUUCUGGGGACGACUAGAAAAUGUUAGGCCCGUAGUUGCACAACGUGGAAGUUGGGAAAAGCAGUUCGCUCUAAACAUGGCAACCUGCGCCUCUUCGCAUGUCUGUCUCGUCAGAAAGGUGCUACCUAUGUUUGAACAAGCGAGUCUAGAGGUAAGACAGAAUCCAAGUCUGCGGCUGCAAAAGGAGAUUCGGCAAUUGCUAAAUGAUCCAGAUCGUUCUUUAUGA